UGUACCUAAUAUCUAACAUCAUUACGUAUUACUAGAUACCUGAGACGGAAGCUACAUCCUGGAUUGGCAUUGGAAAAUACCUGGGGUAGCGGCGCUCCGGACAAUCUUAGCGAUUAACUUUAAACCUUCAAAUGAUCUUAUAGGUACCAGGCCGCGGAUGUCGAAGAACCCGUUCAACUCCCCCAAUCUCAUUUAUCACACACUAGAUUGGCCUGAAUACAUUCAUUCAUCCAUACGGAUCGUUACGCUCAUCUUUAUGAGACUAACGAACCCGUCUUUUUAGAAUUCUAUUAAGAUGUGCUGGGGCUAGUAGAAUUACUUUAAAUCGCGUGCCCCUCAGUCCGGAGAUAUUCACCCCACCAUCAUCAUAACCGGGCCUCGAGAUUUGGGGUGACGAUUAUCCAAGACUACAAGAUCUCAUAAUUUGGUUUCCAAUUUCACUUCUUCCCUCUUCUUCUUAUCCUUCUUUGAAGCCGGCUCACCGUCAUAAUGGAGUCGGCAAACCAGGCUUAUGAAGAUUCCCAGUGGAAUGGCGUAGAAGAAAAUAUCGAGGACCCGGAGGAAAUCAGAGUUGUAUUCCAAGCACUCGAUUCAUUUAGCCAAUAUGCGAAAACGGCCCAUCUGAAUUGUACACAUCUGCGCAGACAGGCCUUCUAUGCUCUCCCCCAAGCUCACUGGCAGUUACUCAGUCAGCCACCAUUCUCAUAUUUGGAUGUGUUGAAUCGAGUGGACGACGCCAUUGAGAGCAAUGCAGAGUUAGCCCGUAUUAUCGUUAAGGUUGGGUUGCGAUCCUUCGGUAUGAUAAACGCUACUGCGGAAAAUGAACUCGUCAUGCCCGAAGAUUGGUCUGGCAUUGCCAAGUACAAUGAUCUGGAUAAGGCUAGGAGCACUAUCCGACAGUUUUACCGUGACUGGUCUGAGGAAGGUGCUGUUGAGCGUGACGCCUGCUAUGGCCCAAUAUUUCGUGCAUUGGACGCUGAGAAGACUAAAUAUCCUGACCGACUGCCCAUGAAAAUACUAGUUCCUGGUGCUGGACUGGGGCGCUUGGUUUUUGAUCUCUGCUUGAAGGGCUACCUGACUGAAGGCAACGAGAUCUCAUACCACCAACUGCUGGCAUCGUCGUAUAUUCUCAAUUCUACGGAAAGAGCUGGCCAGCAUACCAUAUUCCCAUGGAUACACUCCUUCUCUAAUCAUCAGAGCCGUGAGAAACAGUUCAGGUCCUAUAAGAUCCCAGAUAUUCACCCUCAGACCACACUUGCAAACGCUCAGGCAACCGGAUCCAUGCAGAUGUGUGCUGCUGACUUUCUCUGCCUAUACGGGGACGAAAGUCAUAAGGAUACAUAUGAUGCCGUAACCGCUGUCUUUUUCCUAGACACGGCGCCGAAUCUGAUCCGUUACCUUGAGGUUAUCCGCCAUUGUUUGAAACCUGGGGGAGUCCUUAUCAAUGUUGGACCUCUACUAUGGCACUGGGAGAACCACGUUCCUAGCCACCAUGGCUACGACGGAGAUGGCGACUACGAUGAAAACAACUCCUUGGGCAUAGCGGAUCCCGGAAGUUUCGAGCUUACUGAUGACGAAGUCGUCGCAUUGGUAGAACGAAUGGGCUUCAUCGUAGAAAAGCGAGAAGCGGGCCUGUUCGCGCCUUAUGUGCAGGACGCCGAGAGCAUGCUGCAGACAUUCUACAAAGCCAGCCAUUGGGUUGCGCGAAAGCCCAACGAUGUAUCUGAGGUCAGUCAAAGCUGAUAUGUAAACCACAUCUCAGAACAAACUUAUUAGAUGGAUUUGAUAGGGCAUUGCGUCUGGAGUCUGAGCUCGCAUUUAUAAUGAUACCAUCUACAUAUUGCAUGGGAAAAGAACGAAGCUACGUCUAGGUUUUAGCAUUGAACAAAGGUACAAUAAGAUGAGACCACAUUAGCAUCCAUAAUAUUAUUCCUACAAAUUUCCUCACUUAACUCCCUGGGCCUAUUAAUAUAGUGUACAAAUCA